AUGCAGCUGACCACCUUCACCAUUCUCGCCGGCGCCGCCGUAGCUUCCGUAUCCGCCGCAGUUCUGGCCCCCGAGCCCGAGCCCGCGCCCGAGCCCGCGUUCCAAAAAUUCAGUCUCACUGCGGUGCUCGAGGACGCGCCGUUCAACAACGGGAGCAUCAGCGCGAGCAAGGGCAAGUUAUGGCUAUUGCUACCCGCCAACAAGGAGGAUGCCCAGUGCGACGGGGAAUACCAGCGGACUACAUUCUUUGUUGACGCUGAGCAGCUGCUUCUGUAUCAUGGCGAUUUUGACUCCCAUCAACGGAUCUUCGCUAAUAGUCCCACAUAUGGUGGCUGGGGCAGCCUCGACUAUUUCAACAACUCCGACGGUGAGACUAGGGACUGGCAGGUCCAAGACUCACGCCUGUCGUUCAAUGACCAAGACUGGGUGGCGUGCUCGGAGGACGACGGCUCCUAUUCGGUGUUCGUGGACGCCGGUCAACGUAUCACGGGCGGAGGCAGACUGUGUGUCCCGUUCCAGGCCGCGGUCGUCAAUGAGACUGAGCCGGUGUCCUGCGAGUACACCGUGCAGUAG